AUGACCACUUCUGCUUCCGACGUCAUGUGGUCGAUCCCGGCGCUUCUCGCUUCGACGCCGUCGGGCCGCGAGGUCCGUGAGUACUAUGUCGACGAGAGCUCGCCAACGCUCGACACAAACGUCGUCGCGACAUCCGCGCCGCUGCCAUCCGCGCCUCGGCUGUCCCACGCGCUCCCGGAUGCGCCGCUUUUGCCAUGCUGGGGCGUCUUCCUUGGCGCGCUCGUCGCCAUGCUCAUGACGCUUAUCGUGUACAAGCUCGUGCGCGGGAAGCGAAAAGGCCGCCACUUGUACCGGACAGUCCCGCUCGCACAGCUCGUCACGGUGUGCGAGGCGGGCGAAGGCGCGACCGAAGAUUACGUCUUGAUCGAAGUCUAGCGCACGGAGGCGCCGUGAUAGAAUAGAUAGAUAAA